AUGUCUGCAACACUAUUAAUUCAGAAUUUGUCGACAAGGUGCGGAAAACCGAAGACAGACACACGUGAAAAAGAAAGCGCUAGAAAGAUGGCGAGUGGACACACAACAGCUGCAUCCGUCCGCGGGCCCCGCUUCGCCGGCGCCGGCCGCCGCGGCGCCCUCCUCCUCGCGCUGCUCCUCGCCGCCGCGGCCGCCUUACUCCCAGUAGCCGAGCCUUCCUGCCCCCGAGACAAUUCAGUCGUGAAAGAUAUAAACAAAAUGCACCAGAGCAACUAUGGAAUUGGAGGAUUCUCGCAUAUAACCGUUGCGGGCGCGCUAGCUCACGGCAUGAAGGAGGUGGAGGUGUGGCUCCAAACAAUUAGUGCGGGCCAGAGGACACCGAUCCACAGACACUCGUGUGAGGAGGUCUUUGUUGUCCUCAAAGGGAGAGGCACUCUCUUGCUGGGGUCGACCUCACUGCCGUACCCGGGAACGCCUCAGGAAAUUCCUGUCUUUCAGAAUAGCACAUUCACGGUUCCUGUAAAUGAUCCACACCAGGUUUGGAAUUCUGAUGAACAUGAAGAUUUACAGGUGCUUGUGAUCAUAUCGCGCCCACCUGUGAAGAUAUUUCUGUAUGAAGAUUGGAGUAUGCCUCACACGGCAGCGAAGUUGAAGUUCCCCUUCGUCUGGGAUGAGGACUGCUUAGACGCACCUAAAGAUGAACUGUAG